CAUGACUCUGAUCUUGUCAGUGCACAGAGAUCAGAUUUCCAUUACGGCAGGGAAGGACUGACUAUUAACCGCAGACAGCAAAGCAAUUAGUGAGAAGAAAUAGAGGUUUGCUAUGGACCUGGUUACCAUUCUUCUGGCCGCUGCCAUUAUCCUGUUUUUUGUAAUUGUCUUUAACAAGAGUCAAAAACAAGCCCGUUACAGUAAUUUCCCUCCUGGACCAAAACCUCUACCAAUCAUUGGAAAUGCACUGAUGUUAGACCUUGCUAAGCCUCAUAAAACAUUAUUGGAGCUAUCUAAGAAGUACGGCACAGUCUUCAGUGUGCAGCUAGGCUUUGAUAAAUUUGUGGUUCUGUGUGGUUAUGAAACCAUUAAAGAUGCUCUCGUCAACCAUGGGGACCAGUUCUCUGACCGACCAAAAUUAGAACUGUUUUCUAAGACAACAAAGGAGCAUGGAGUUAUCUUUGCUAAUGGUGAAAACUGGAAAGUGAUGAGAAGAUUUACUCUUUCAACCCUACGAGACUAUGGAAUGGGGAAGAAAGGCAUAGAAAACAAGAUUAUCGAUGAAUCAAAUUGUUUAGUUCAGGCAUUUAAAGCACAUAAAGGAAAACCCUUCGAUAACCUGCAAAUAAUCAACACGGCGGUGGCCAAUAUAAUCGUGUCCACAGUGAUUGGUGUUCGAUAUGAUUAUGAAGAUCCCAUCAUAGUGAAGCUAGUCAAUUUAAUCAAUGAAAAUAUCAGACUGCUAGGAAGUCGUCUGGUCAGGCUUUACAACAGUUAUCCAUAUCUGAUCCACUGGAUGCCUGGCCCGCACAGAAAAGUUUUUGAAAACAUGAAAGAGCUGCAUGAGUUCAUACGAGCAACAUUCACAAGACAUAAAAAAGAGCUGGACAUCAAUGACCAGCGGAACCUUGUCGAUGCUUAUCUGGUGAAGCAACAAGAGGGAAAACCAGAAUCUACUAUGUAUUUCCAUGAUGAGAACCUGAUUGCACUUGUAGAAAAUCUGUUUACUGCUGGAAUGGAGACCACGUCCACCACAUUGAGAUGGGGGCUUCUGCUCAUGAUGAAAUAUCCAGAAAUGCAAAGAAAAGUUCAUAAUGAAAUUGAUGCAGUGAUUGGAUCAGCUCAGCCUCAGACAGAUCAUAGAAAACAAAUGCCAUAUACAGAUGCUGUCAUUCAUGAAAUUCAGAGGUUUGGUGACAUUGUACCAGGAAGUGCCCCACAUUUAACCUCUCAGGAUGUUACUUUCAGACGUUACUCUAUUCCAAAGGGCACAGUUGUAAUCCCAUUACUGCACUCAGCGCUAAGAGAUGAAACUUACUUUGAGAAACCCAAUGAGUUUUACCCUGAACACUUUCUUGACUCAGAAGGAAAACUAAAGAAGAUUGAGGCCUUCAUACCAUUCUCUAUAGGUAAGAGAAGUUGUGCAGGUGAGAACUUGGCCAAAAUGGAGCUCUUUCUCUUCUUCACCACUUUGCUACAGAACUUCACAUUCCAGCCCCAACCUGGAGCUAUACUGGACUUGAACCCCGCACUUUCCUCAACAAAUGGUCCUAAAUCUUAUGAAAUGUGUGCUAUACCCCGCUCCUAGAACAUGUUUUUAGUUGAGUUUUGCAUGCAAGCUUUGUCUAACAUCUUCCUGUGCCCCGAUUAAUAAGGCAAUAAGGCAAUGCCACCACAAAACUCACUGAAAUCUUGUUUGCGGGACAGUUUUUAUAAGUCCUCCAGUUGCACAUUAUGAUCUUUUUUGUGGACAACAGCAAAUGUGCUAGGCAGGUUACAAAUGUGAUAUUUCAAUGGACUCAAGAUGAGUCUUGUGAUGUCAGAAGUACUGGUGCUGUCACUCAGGCCAUGGGGGAGAUGUUAGACAAGGCAUACAAACAAGAACUAAAGCAUUGCCAGAAAGGGGAUUGUCCUUCUGCCACAUCCAACUGAAUUUGCAUAAUGGAUAAAUCUUGAUUUUCUCAGAAAUAAAGAUGCCAUGAACAUGUUGCUAAAUGUCCUACUAAAUGUGGACUGUGGUUUGGUAGGGCUAAAUUAUCUGACAGACUCCCUUUAAUUUCAAUCAAGAAAAAUGUGCAAAGUCCCCUUUAACUUCCAUAGGAAUAAGAAGAAUAUGCAAAGUUCCUGCAUGUCAAAAAUUAAGGACAUCCAGUUUAAUUGUACAGAGCUGAAAUCUCUCCUCAGUUGUCUCAUGGUCAAUGAGAAACCAUUGAGAACAUUACCACACUGCCGUUUAUAGCCACGACCAUAAACUGUAUCUCCCCCAUAUCAAAAUUACCAUAACAGAAAGUGUACACAAUUAAAAAUAUAUUUUAGUUGCACUUUGUGCUACUAAAAUAUGAAAAGAAUUUGAAAAACAAACAAUUUUAAUUUUUUGGGGUAUAAAAAACUAAAAUUACCAAACAAAAUGAAGUAAGAAAAAAAGCACCGUAAAACAUUUUCAAUAAAACUGCUAUGGCUUUUAAAGCCAUGUGAACGAAAAAGACAAAAGAUAUGUGUGGACAAUGGAACAGUCUUGAACUGGUUAACCUAUAUACUGUGAUAUACUUCAGAUAAUGUUCAGUAAAGUGUAUACACAAGCAAUGCAACAAAUGUGUGGUUGUUUCUGCUUAUUGAUCUCUUUCCAUGCACCUUCACAAUUCACUGCUUAUGAAGGGGUAUUUCA